AAAACGCAGGGUGACCUACUGGAGGACGCGGCGGUAUUUGCACCAAAUCCGCUUUGAAAUGUGACUUUUGCAGCUUUAGCGUCACAUUAACGCAGGAAUGCGCUGAAAUAUUCAUAUGGUUGCUAAAUUUGUGCGCUACUUUCUGCAUCCUGCACGAUUGGAUGCGUGAAACUCUCCAAAUUCUUUGCUAAUUUACAACCCAAAAGUGUGGAAGAACAAUUUCUAUCCUUUGUUAUAUGUCAUUUUGAGCCUUGAGCAGCUUGUAUGGUGAAGUUACAGCGUCGCUUUCUUUCCAAGAGCCACGUUUUGUAAUUUGAGAUGGGAGUUGCGUUCAAGUGCGCGGCUCAUUUCAGGAGAUCGCGUCCUGCAGACGCGAAUCUCAGGUUUUUGGUGUGUGUUUUUGUGUGUUUUCAUGAGGGGUGGAGUACGUGGAGGGGAUUAUAAAGUCACGUGCACACGGCGACAAAAACACAGAUUUCAUAACGCACGCGCGCACAGCGGCGUGCAGCUGCAGCAAAUGUUGCGUUUACGUACAUCUAGCCUCCGAUAUUACAACGUUUACAUAUCGAAAUACAAGAUAGCUCAAGUAAUAAAUAAAGAAAUAUGGGAAUUAAUCGAUAAAUAAAUAAAUAGCAGCAGUUGGUGAAUUGUUGUUUUGGCUGACGCGCGUCCUCGACGUCAUCCGCAGGACGAGGCUCGAUUUUCUCCUGUGGUGUCUGUGUGGAGCGUCCCACACACCCACUCCACAACAACGACGGCUUUUGCUUGCAUCUUCCAGUGUUUCUUCUGUCAGCAAGUCCAGCAGAGCUGCAACUCUUCCAGUGCCAGCCCUGACACCAGCGAGGAGCCCUGCCCCACUGACAUGGUGAAGAUGACCAAGUCAAAGACCUUCCAGGCCUACCUGCCAUCCUGCCACCGCACAUACAGCUGCAUCCACUGCCGAGCGCACCUGGCCAACCACGACGAGCUCAUCUCCAAGUCAUUUCAAGGCAGUCAAGGAAGGGCCUACCUGUUUAAUUCAGUGGUGAAUGUGGGCUGCGGGCCAGCGGAGGAGCGGGUUCUCCUCACAGGUUUACAUGCUGUGGCUGAUAUCUACUGUGAAAACUGUAAAACCACCCUGGGCUGGAAAUACGAACAUGCGUUUGAGAGCAGUCAAAAAUACAAAGAGGGAAAGUUCAUCAUCGAGCUGGCUCACAUGAUUAAGGACAACGGAUGGGAGUGACACCGAGGCCACGUCCCAUCUACUUAAAUCUGUUUUCCUGACCUUGGAAUUACUGAACUGAGUGGAGCGUCGACCAUCUUCCCUCCCCCGUUCCUCCCCGCUGCCUCCCCCAUUACUCACACCUUCUUCCCUUUAAAAGACCUCCACUCGCCGGCCUCCGUCACGUGCACACACCCACCUGUUCAUCGUGAAACCGGACAGAGCGAAUGCAUUAGGAAGUGGAGUUAAAAACCCACGGCACCUACGCCACCUUGAAGAUUGUGUGUUCUCCGUCGCCGCUCAACGUUUGGGUUCCCUUGCCGCCGCCCAACCCCGCACCUAGCCUCGGCUCCACCGAAACACGCUUACAAGUGAUUGUGGUGAUGUGGCGACCGCUAUGUGAACGGAGAGACUUCACUGAAAAGAGACAUCUUGUUUUUUCUUUAUUCCACUCAUCUGCAAUGACUUUAUUAUCAUUAUUAUUAUUUUAUUGUUAUUUGCCAUAGUUUUAACUUUCGGGUUUGGUGAAGCUUUGGCUUGAUGGCAGAUGGAUGUUACUGGUUAGCAUUUUAUUUCCAUGAGUUUUGUUUGGUUUAUUUGUCUUUUGAGCGUGCUUUUUUUUUUCUUUCUUUUUCUUCGCUAUUGUCCAAAUGAGCAAUCAGGGAUGGGUUGAGAAGAAACGGGCAAAGGGAGUUUAUUAUAGUUACAAACAUGAAACAGCUUUUAUUUUUCCUUUUCUUUUUUUUAGCUGGGAUUCCAGUAAUGUUUGAUUUUAUAGCUGGCGUUUCCUUAUGUUUUAUCUUUCGCGUUAAUUCUCCCUUUCUGGUACUUUUCAGCACCCAAAAAGCAUCAAAAGCAACACGUACUAUUUUGUUUGACAUGAAAAGGUAUAAAAUUAUAUAUAAAUACAUAUAUAAAUUUAUAGAUAUAUAAAUAUUUGUAGUGUAAGGCUAAAUGCGAUUGUGGCUGGUCCCAUCUUGCAACAGCACCAUGAAUGAAAGAGACAUGAAAAAGGAGCAGAAAUCAUUUUUAGAGAGGGGAAGCUGACGUCAGUGUCCUCACUGUAUUAUCCCAUUGUCUAGUAAUGAAACAAUGAAAGUCACUGCUACAUAUUAAUAUAAAUACACAUACUAUGAUUACAUAUCCAUCAAUACUAUGAUAUUGUAUGUAGUAUGUAGAAAUUGAUUGGAACAUGGUUUCAAUAUAUAUAUAUAUUUGCUGUCAUGCACAUAUGUGUAUAUGCAUAUGACUGUGUGUGUAUAUGCAUAGUGUGCGCGCGCGUGGUCACGCAUUACACAGUGACGUACUUGAACAACGCUACAUCCUUUGCACGUUGCUGAGGCGCGUGCUUCAUCUCGGUUUGGAGGCAAAACGUUGUUUUAUACACUAAAUUUUAUUGGAUUUUUAGUUCAAAUUUAAUGUCAGAUUCUGACUUUUCCUAUUUUUGGUCCCAUCUUUGAUGAUAACGUAAUUUUAGGCCUAGUCCAUGCAUAGCCAAAUAGAUUCUUAUGCGUUUUGGGCUUUAAUCCGCACAAAAACUAUUAAUUUAAAAAAAAAAAAAAACUCAGAUCAAAGGACUUGUGUUUUGUGAGUAAAUGAAAACAUUGAGAUUUGAGAUUAAUCUAAAACUGAUCAUUUCUGAAAGUUGAAAAUUUUAACCUUUUCAAGUUUUUUUACCUGAAAAUUUCUGAGUUCCAAAAUGUCUGUUUUCUUUAGCAAUUUUUUGACUUUUCAAUGCAGAAAUUUCCAGGUUUUCCUAGAAAAUUUAUGAGAUUUUUGGUAGGAAUUAACUUCUUUUUUUUUGUUGUAACUUUUGAUUAAUUUUUUAAAAAUCUACAAUAGCCCUAACAUGCAGUCAUAAUGACAAAAAACAAUUUAUAUUUAAAAAAAUCUGACCAAAGCUUUUGUUUGUGUGUACUCUGGAAAACAGAAAUUAGAUUAAUCUCACUUUUCCAACUUAUAAAAUUUUUGACUUUCACUUUUUUUUCUAGAAAAUGUCCGUUAUUAAUCUUAAAAUUUCAGAGUUUUUUGUCAGAAAUGCACCCUUCCUCUCCAAGAGCCCACGAACGCCAUCAUAGAGAAACAGAAUAUGAUGAUAAAUAAGUUUUUAUGCGUUUUGGCCUCAACAUGAAAACACCAUUUAAGAUCCCUAGAAACGGUUCUUUUUAAAAACUCACACCAAUGUGUAGACUUGAGAAAACUCUGUAUUUGUGUGUGCAUGUUUAAACGGGGAAACAGAUUCAGGGUCCUGCGACAAAUGAUGCACCAGUAUACCCACAGACUUGCUUUGACACGAUUCCCAGUCCACUAUCUGAAAGUAGUUCAACUUCCUGCCGCCAUGUUUAAGUCCAAACAGGAAGUCGUCGUUGCGUUGAAGCAGUCUUGAUUGGCUGACUAAGGUUUUAGCUUUGCGCUACACUGCCCCCUGUGGGUUUGGCAUAUUUAAAACAACGCUCAGCGGCAGAUUUGAUGUUAAAUGUUAAAUAUUUGUUUUUCUUAAAGAGUCAGCUACAUGUGUACAAGCCCUUAGUUUAAAAAAAUCCACUUUUUUUGUUCUUUUCUUGCCCUAACAUGUCUGAUGUGUUUUGGAUUUUUUUGCCUCCAAACCGAAUGAAUUUCGUGCCUCUUCAAAACAUGAACAGCCUCCCCCAUUUAUUUCUUUUUCUGUUGUGCAGUGCAUAACUUGGAAAACUUUCAUGUGAACCGAUGUGUCUUCCCUUGUCCUGGUUCCACACGGCCCUAGAAGAUCCUCAGACAACUCUGCCCUUUUUCUUUUGUCUACAUAUAUUUUCUACGAUAAUAAUUAGACGUGCACAAAUGAAUGGAUAUUGAGUACAUUAUUUCUCAGAGUAAAUGUAGAGGCUUUUGUUUUGUUUUGUUUUUUCCUUUGUGCCCAUCGAGAACUGGCUGUAUGUUGUUGGUUUGAAGGAUGGCAGUUUAAAAAAAUCAGCAGUGAUUGAUUACUUUGCCGGCAAGGUCAGUCAGAUCACUCUGACCUUUUAUUCAAAAAAAAAAAAAACUAAAAAAAAAAAAAAACGAUGACAAUGCAAACCCUUAAUAGAUAGCAAUGAUACCUACUUGAAAAUUUAAUUACAGAAACCGCUGAGAUAUUGGCCCGUGAUAGUUUUUGUACAUAAAGUAACAUAUUUAAGGUUUUAUACGUAUUUCUACUGGGUUAGUUCUUUUACUUCCCCGACUUGAAGCACUUUUGUUCACUGUACCUCUGUCUGAGAGUGCGUGAAUGUGUGUGUGUGUGUGUGUGUGUGUGUGCAUACUUUGCAUGUGUUUCAGCCCACGUGCAUGGCUGCACAUGAAAGUGAAUGUUUACUUUCUCUUUGGGUCUUUUUCCUCCUCUCUUUCUGUUUGUUCCUUUUCUAUUAUUAAUUUUUGUGUCGCAGCUCUCUGGUUUCACUGCUGCUCCCGCUGAUCUGAGGUCAAGAGCCAGUUUAGUUUCUUUGGAAGUGAUUUAUCCCCCCUUUUUUUCGGUUAGCUUGUUUGUUUUAGCUUGUGUGGUGAGAGCCGGUGUUUAGGUCUCUGCUGAGCCGUGUAGACGUCGAGGGCGAGCUGGAAUCUCCCACCGUGUCGCAGGGAAAGCCUUUAUCGAGACCCUUUUGCCACCACACUUAGUGUUACACUCGAGCGCUUUCAGGCGGCGGACAUGUUGGAGGUCCUUCGCAGCGACGCUGGCUGUUUAUCUGAUUGUAUUUCACAUUCAUGUUUACUUUUUUUUUUCAAAAAUGACCUGUUAACUUCUGUGUUCUAUUUAAUGUGAUGUGGGUUGGGUCGAUGGUUGACUGUAAUCUCGCCGUUUUCUGUUUUUAGAGACGCUUUACCUUACAGUUCGCCAGUUGUCUUGACUUGUUCUUGAGCAGCUCUGCACAAUUUAGUCUCUGGGAUCUAGAAAUGAACUCCAAAGGUGUCAUAAAAUUCACAUAAACCCAGUUAAAGCAUUAAGUUACUCCUUUUAUGGUGCAUUCAAGCAGUUUUCCCUGAAUUUAAGUUUAAUAUUCUUCGUCCUGGAAACAGUAUUUAACAGAAUAUUCUGACCUUUUUGGUCUGUUUGCUGGCAGAGAUGGAAAUAUUUAACAUCUUAUGCAAACUUGUUUUUGUUCUUACAAAAAAAGCAAUUCAACAUUUUCACUUAUUUCAGAAAGGUAAAUUUACAUAAAUUCACUGCACCUGAUGAAAUAUUUUGAGCCUUUAUUUCUUAGCUUACUUCUUAAAAUGUUUCAGUAAAAUCAAAGUAUUCGUAGUAGUGACAUGUAAAAGGAAAUUGUUGCCAAAGCAACUUCGGAGCACAACAUCCAAAUUUUCUAAAUAAUUCACAAAAGACAAAACUGAUUAAAACGUUUCUGUUGGCAAACCCUGUUUGGUUAGUUAUGUAUGUUAUGUUAUGUAGACAUUUUACAGAAAGUGACGGAAAUGCAAAAAUUAACCAAAAGAUAGAAGGUUCAGGGUUCAAUCCUUUGUCUCAAGGCCAGUUUGAGCAACAUUAUUUUUUGAAUAAUGAUUUUAUUUGUAUUUGUUUUUGACUUCUUACGCUCGUUUCACAUAAUUUCAGUAACCAAAAUGGAUUUUAUUUUUUAACGUAAUGCUAAGGUAUCAACAUUUAUGCCUCCCCAUUUAUAAACGUCUCUGAAAAAUCACUACCGUCGGUUAUUAAAACAGUGUGAUUUAUGUUGAUGCUCUUAUUUUGAAAAGAGAAGUUACGGAGAUGCCACCAAUGUCGGACCGGCUAAUACAACCAUAUCUGAGUGCUUAUUUAAGUUUUUGAUACCCUUGGUUACAACUUGUAACAGCUUGUAAAUCAAAAUCUGAUGCUAGAAAAGUACGUUAGCAUUAACAAGAAAGUCGACUGACGGACAUUAAUUUCGUCCAAUCAGGUGUGGCAGUUGAGAAAUGGCUUCCUUUAGAAACAACUUCUUCAUCUUCAGACGAAAAAGUUGUUUUUAUACCCAUUUGACCCUGGACACCACUAGCUCCGCCCCUUUUUGGAGACUUUUACAAGAUUAACUUUAGCCAUUUAGCAGGGGUGUCCAAAGUGUGGCCCCGGGGCUAUUUGUGGCCCUUUAUAUGACUUUGUUUUGUCCCUAACCACAGGUCAAGAAUAGUUGAAUAUGACCUUUUCCAGGAGAAAGCUGAUCUCUGAUUAAAUUUACCAAUUAUCGGGAUCUGUGGAGCUUCACAUUUCCAAAAAUCUUGACAUUUGGAAUCAUUUUUGUUGAGUACUUGAAUGCACCAUAAAGACUAACCUACUGGCUUCCUUUGAAUGUAGCAGCCCAGUUCGAGACUAAUAUCUCAAAAUUUAGUCUGAUCUGACAACUGUUUCCUAAAUUUGGAAGCUAAUCUUCCUCUCACUGUUCAUGCCAGCUCAAAUUGUAACUGAAUUUACAUACGAGUCUGCCAGUUUGUCCGAAGGAUCCUCCAGCAUUGGUCGAUCUAAACGAAGAGCUUCAUAGAGGCGAGCCAACAAAAAGCGGCAGCCAGCGUCACCAUUGUGUACCAAAUAAGAACCGGGUUCUGUUGAGCGAAAGUCGAUCCAGGAGAUUCAACUUCCAUACCAAAUUUAAAGGCUGGGAAAGCGUUUUGUUUUCUCCGUCCUGCAGAAUGUUUAGAUUCUCUGAACUGAACAUCAUCAAACGCUGAAAGUCGAAGGUUUCUGCUGCUGAAAACUGUUUACUGUUUUACUGUGACGCUGGCCGCCUGCAUUUUGAGCUCCAAAAGCCUGAAAGGAUGUCGAUCAAAGGCGGGACAAAGUCUGCACAGGAUCUUUUCUUAGGACUGUUAAAACUCCAGCUUAAGGUCUACAGCAUGUUGUAUUUAUAAUGGCUUUAUGUCGUGCCUGUUUUAUUUUUUUCCUCUAAAUUUGAAGACAAAUAUAUGCUUUUAUUUGACUACAUUGCUUUGCAUUCUGUCUUAGUGAAGCCAUUUCACAUGUCUGUUUUCACUCUAUUGUAAACUAUCAGAUAUCACAAUAAAUUUUCAAUGGCAUUAAACUGUG